GACGAUGAAAGUAAAAAUACAUCUGAAGAACCAACAACUCCACGAGCAACAGUACCUCAGCUGCUUCAAUUUGCUUCACCGUUUGAUCUGAUGUUAUAUUCCGUUGGUUCAUUAGUGGCAAUUGCAACUGGAUGUGGUAUGCCAUUGAUGUCGAUAAUUGUUGGUGGUUUAUCACAAGCUAUCGUCAAUGCCCAAACGCUGUAUGAAAUUGAACACUGUGAGUCAUAUUGCCUUAAAUAUAUUUAUCUUGGAUGUGGUAUGUUUGUGGCAGUUUUAUCUUAUUUGGUAGCUUCUGAAAAUAUGAAUGACAGAUUACGGCGUCAAUUUUUUAAAGCAGUUCUUCGUCAAGAUGUAAAAUGGUAUGAUAAAAAUCAAAGUGGUACACUAACAACAAAAAUGUUUGAUAAUCUGGAACGAAUCAAGGAAGGAACUGGCGAUAAAAUAGCUUUAUUAAUACAAUGUACUAGUCAAUUUUUUUCUGGCUUUAUUGUAGCAUUCAGUUAUGAUUGGAAACUAACAUUAAUUAUGAUGUCACUAUCACCAUUUAUGAUUAUUUGUGGCGCAUUUCUCGCCAAGCUUAUGGCCUCUGCAACUGCUAAAGAAGUGGCCAAUUAUGCUUCUGCAGGAGCAAUCGCUGAAGAGGUACUAACAUCUGCUCGCACUGUAGUCUCAUUUAAUGCACAGCAGUAUGAGUGUGACAGGUAUGACAAAGCACUCGGCAGAAGUAUGAAAGAUGGGAUACUGAAAUCUUUCUUUAUUGGAAUUGGUGUUGGUACGACUUUUAUGAUUAUCUUCGGCUCAUACGCUUUAGCAUUCUGGGUAGGAACAAACUAUGUUCAUGAUGGUACCUUAGAUGCUGGUACAGUGCUUACGGUAUUCUUCAGCGUUUUGAUGGGUUCUAUGGCACUUGGUAAUGCUGGAUCACAGUUUGCCGUCUUGGGUGUUGCUCUAGGUGCUGGAGGGACGAUGAUUGAACUUAUCGAUCGAGAACCAGAAAUUGAUGCAUUUGACGAAUCUGGCGAAAAACCUUCUAAAAUGACAGGAAAAAUUGAUGUACAACUUAUAAAAUUUGCCGGGUGUGGCAAAAGUACCACAGUUGGUCUGCUCCAUAAACGAAUCUAUAUUAUCUUACAUUUAGACGGAUAUGAUAUAAAGAAUUUGAAUAUUGGGUAUUUACGAGAUAUGAUUGGUGUCGUUUCUCAAGAACCCGUUCUGUUCAACACAACAAUUGAAGAUAACAUUGCGAUGGGUACAAGUCAAGUCACAGUUGCGGAACUGAAAGCAGCCUGCCAGAAAGCUAAUGCUGCAACCUUCAUUGAAACUUUACCGGAGAAAUAUAAAACUUUGGUCGGUGACAGAGGCACGCAGUUAUCAGGCGGUCAAAAACAACGUAUUGCAAUUGCACGAGCUUUGGCUAGGAAUCCAAAGAUAUUGUUGCUUGAUGAAGCUACCAGUGCACUUGAUGCUGAAAGUGAAAGUAUAGUGCAAGAAGCGUUAGAGAAGGCCGCAGAAGGAAGAACAACAAUUGUCAUUGCGCAUCGACUGUCAACAAUCAAAAAUGCUGACAAGAUAAUUGUAAUAAAAGAAGGUAAUAUCGUGGAAGUUGGGAAACACAAUGAACUAAUCGCCCAAAAAGGUUUUUAUCAUGAAUUGGUAAACGCUCAAGUGUUUGCUGAUGUUGAAGAAGGUAAAGUUGAGAAACGAUCGAGAUUGUCAAGUGCUACAUCAGAAAAGAACGAUCCAUUAUUAAAUCUGUCAAAACCUUCUGAUGCUAAGAAUACUGGACCACCCACUGAAGCAGAUGUGAAACGAGAAAGGGAACGGUUAAAGAAAGAAAUGGAAGAGGAAGGAGGUGUAGAAUCUAAUUUGUUUGCCAUUAUGAAGUAUGCGAAGCCCGAAUGGAUGUACAUUUUGCUCGGCCUGAUUGGCUCUCUCGUUAAGGGCUGUGUCUUCCCAGCAUUUUCGUUGUUCUUCACCGAAAUCCUCGACGUCUUUUCAAUAGAAGACAAAGAAAAAAUGCUUGAAAAAGGACAUUUUUGGGCUCUUAUGUUCUUGGUCCUCGGUGGCGUCCAGUUCUUCAGCAUGUUUUCACAAGUUGUAUCAUCAGAACGACUCUGCCUACGCCUUCGCUCAAUGCUUUUCCGAAAUGUUAUGAGCAUGCAUAUGGGAUACUUCGAUAUGCCAAAACACUCAAGCGGAAAAAUAUCGACACGACUUGCAACAGACACACCUAAUGUUAAAACGGCGAUCGACUUCCGUCUUGGAAAUAUUCUUUCGGCUGCCUGUUCAGUCGUAUGUGGUUUAGCGAUUGCCUUCUUCUAUUCUUGGGAGUUGGCGCUUCUUGUUAUAGCUAUAUUCCCCUUAGCUGGAGUUGGUCAAGCUUUGCAACUCAGAUACAUUCAAGGUCGCCAUAACAAAGACUCAAAAGAUUUAGAGAACAGUGGUAAAGUCGCCCUAGAGGCCAUUGAAAACAUUCGAACUGUUCACGCUUUGAAUCUGCAUAAUAGGUUUGCUAGCCAGUUCUGCCACUACUUGGAUGGACCCCAUCAAACCUCCUGUUGUGCUUAUCGCUUCGGUCUCUUUAUUUCAUUCAAUUACAGAGUAAUAUUUGCCAUUGCCAUGUCUGCGGGAAGUGUUGGGUUUGCUAGUGCAUAUUUCCCCGAAUACGCUAAAGCUAAACUUGCUGCUGGUAUUAUAUUCAAAAUGUUGGAUGAAAAGUCUGAGAUUGACAAUUUUUCAGAAGACGGCGGGAAGCCUGGGAUUUCCGGAAAAGUAGAAUUCAAUUCCUUGAAAUUCGCCUACCCGGAAAGACCAACAGUUCAAAUUCUUAAAGGCUUAACUCUUGAAGCUGAUGUGGGACAGACAUUAGCGAUAGUUGGCCCUAGCGGAUGUGGUAAGAGCACAGUUGUUUCACUGCUGGAGCGCUUCUAUGACCCUUCUGAAGGAGCCGUUGUGGUUGAUGAAAACAACAUCCGCGAAGUGAACGUCAAGCAUCUUCGUCGACACAUGGCCUUAGUUUCCCAGGAACCAGUGCUUUUUGACUGCUCUAUCAAAGAAAACAUUGUUUAUGGCUUGCCAGCAGAUUCUGUCACUGAGAAGCAAAUUUUUGAAGCUGCUAAAGAAGCUAAUAUCCACUCGUUUAUCACCGAUUUACCAUUGGGUUACGACACUCGUGUUGGAGAAAAGGGGACUCAGUUAUCUGGCGGUCAAAAGCAAAGGAUAGCAAUCGCUAGGGCUCUAAUAAGGAACCCAAAAAUUCUAUUGUUAGAUGAGGCCACAAGCGCUUUAGAUACAGAAAGUGAAGCGAUUGUUCAAGACGCAUUAGACCGCGCUGGUCAAGGUCGAACUUGUAUUAUAAUUGCUCACCGUUUGUCAACAAUUGUCAAUGCUCACUGCAUUGCGAUGGUUAAAAAUGGAGCCGUUCUGGAGAAGGGCACUCACGCGGAACUAAUGCAGAAGAGAGGUGCCUAUUAUCAAUUAACGCAGAAACAAAAUCUGAAGACUGAUGAUGAUAAAACCUCUAACUGUGAAGUCGGAACUGUUUUCUGUUAG